UAUAUAUAUAUAUAUAUAUAUAUAUAUAUAUAUAUAUAUAUAUAUAGAUAUAUAUAUAUAUCAGUUAUCUCUAACGAGCAACUGUUGUGCAUCCUUGAAGCUGGAAAUAAUUCAUUGUGUAUAUAUAUACAUACUCUCGCCUGUCAAUGCUUGCAUACAAACUAAAUGUCCGCUUACGUUCCUUCAAUACCACUGCACUUUUUAUGUACUCAAUGUCUGCUUCCUGCGAACUCAACAAGGCCACUUUCCGAAUACAAGGUCACACUUGGCUUCAAUGCUGCAACUUUGCUGCAUUCACUCUUAACCCUUUCUCUUCUAGCCAUUCUUCCAUUUCUCAAAUUUUUUAAUAAUUUAUCCAUCGACUCCGCUAUGAAAACCAAAUCAUCUGCAUACAAUAACUCCCAUGGACGACCUGUUCUGAGUUCUAUUGACAGCGUUAAAAGAAUAAAACAUUUACAAGGGACUAAGUACAGAACCCUGUUGUCCAUACACCAACAUUUACCUUAAAUUCAUUACUUAGUGAAGCGUUAAUCCUGACACGGCUUCUACCAUUGCUGUACAUAGACUGCACCAUCUUACGAUGGUACAGUCUAUGUACUAGGCACUCAUCCACACCUAAUUUUCUCAUGGCCCACCAAAUAACUUUAUAUGGUACUCUAUCAACAGCUUUCUCCAAAUCUGCAAAGCAAAAUAGAGAUUCUUUCUAUUUUUAAAUACUUUUUCUGAAGCUGUCUGAGUAAAAAUAUUGCAUCUUUAUUGCCACAACCUGGAACAACACCGAAUUGCAUUUUAUCCAUACCAAUUUUUCUCGUAGUAACUGUUUUAAUAGCUUUCAACAAAUUUCAAUCCCUCUUACCUCUUUCUAAUGCAUCACCCUUGCCCCUGAAACAUUGCACUAUUACACCCGACUGCCAGUCACUCAGGAUAACGCCAUCCUUUAUAUUCUGAAUAGCAAGUUUGUAAUCAGCUCAACUCCAGUAUAUCCAGAUGCUUUUACCACCUCUGCCCCAACACCUGAUACCCUCACAGCCUUGCCAAUCUUAAUUUUCCUAAUAGCCUUCACUACCCAUUCUGUCUUGACCUGCGUAGCUGGCCCUUCUACAACAUCAUCAAAAAAAUUAUCCCAAUCCAAUCAAAUCAGUGUUAUAAGCAACCUCUGAUAACUCUUUUCAGCUAUAGCUUUUUCUUCUCUGUGCUAACCAAGAUACCUGAGAGUAGCCAAUCAAAAAGUGCAGUCAGUAUUCUGAUUGCAGGAAAUUCGUUUGCGACCCAGCAUAAUUUUUUCCAUCUUAACUAUUCCAAGUUCCUAGUGGGAAGGGAAAUUUUGAUGGGUCUGGCUAGUUGUUGUUGCGAAUACUAUUAAACUCAGCUUCGAUCUGCUUGUGGCUUUAAAAAUUAAAUUUAAGUUAUAUUUUUUACUUUUAAUAAUGUUUAGAUCGUUUUUUUUAAAUUUUAUUUGAAAAUACUGACCUGUGAAGGUGAAUAUCAAAACUAAAUUCGCGCACAAAGUAGUAAUUAACAUAAUGCUUUGAAUAAACGCCCCCUUCUAUUACCCCCCGCACUCGAAUGGAGGCCCCUUGUUAAGGCGUCACACGAGAGGGAAGUGUUUGUAACAACAAAAAUUUUGAUUUGAAUUGAUAUCUUGAUAUACGUUCAAACUAAAUAAAUACAAAAUUACGGUAAAUAUCCAGUUCAAAUUUAAAUAAAAUAUUUGACAUAGAAUAGCUAAUACUUACCAGCUGCCCAGUGUAAAGUACUAUGAAAAUGUGUGACAAGUGUAAACUUAUGUGAAAUUGAAGAACAAGCUAUAUCACUCAUAGAAAUAUUGUGUAAGUAAGAUCAUCAUCAUUGUUGUGCAUUGAAAUAUUGUGCAUUGAAACUCAAAAACUUGAUGUUGACUAAUCAAGAGCUGACUGAAGAAUGACAAAAAAGGAGUGGCAAAACUUAUAUAUACAUCACACCAGGUAGGCAUGGCAACCAAAAACAAAUAUGGUAGCCUGGAUGCUGAUGAUUACCAUGGUGUGUCACUCAAACUAAAAUAUCACUAAAUAAUUAUAAAUAUAAAUAUAAACUUUUUUAUAAAUUUUGUACUUUUUGAAUUUUAACUUUACACCCCUCCUUUUCAGUCAUUUUUUAAAUAAACAGCCCCCUCGAAUGGUAAAAGUAUACUUACUUACUUUUUUCCUAAAUCUUAGAUUUAAUUAGGUUGGAAAUUUAGUUUUUCGAUUUUGAAGUUCAUUCUCUAAAACAUGUGAAUAUCUUUUAUUUUUUGUUGUGAUGAUAUAUAUUAUAGGUAUCCUUAAAAACUGCAAAAGAGACGAAGUGUAAAAAAUUAAUAAACGCACCCCUCUUUUAAACGCCCUCCUUGAAUGACACCCCCUAAAAAUGUCAAAAAAUUUAAUUAAUGCCCGGCCGUUUAUUCGAAGCAAAGGUCACUAUGUUACAAAUUAAAGCUUUGUGUGCAGAGACUUGUAAUUUUUUAGAAGUAAUUUUUUAAAUGGAAUCUUUUCUUUGGUUGAUUUGAAUACAAAAAACAGUAGGUGCAUUUUUUCCAUAUUUGGGUGUGGCCCUGGCUGACGUCAUCACUUUUCUGGUCAGUUAAAUAUCAAAGUUGGAAUUUUAAUUUUUUUUCUUUUUUGAUUGAUAGAUAAUAUAAAAACAAGUAAAAAAUGUCAAAAAACCAUAUUUAAAAAAUCAACUGUUUAUAACAUAUUAAAUGUUUAAUUUUUAGAAUUCAAGGGGUAUAAUUGCCGAUAUUUACACCAAAGAAUCUGUGAAAAACAUAUUUUGCGUUAGGGAUGAGAUGUUGUUUGUUAGUAGUUAUACUUUAAAGAGAAAGUAAAAAUGCCCAUUUAAAUUUGACGUUUUAAAGUAAUGUUAUAUACUCAUUACUGAAGUUAUUUCCACCCCUGUUGAGUAGAAAAAAUUUUAUCUUAAGGCUUUUUGGUUUAUUUAGGUCCAGUUACUUAGAGAAAGAAUUGAUAUAGAUAAGAUUUGGUUUUGUUCCAGGGCGUGGCACUACAGAUGCAGUAUUUUUACUCAGACAGCUUCAGGAAAGGUAUUUAGGAAAGAGAAAGAAUCUCUAUUUUGCCUUUGUAGAUUUAGAGAAAGCUUUUGAUAGAGUGCCACGUAAAGUUAUUUGGUGGGCUAUGAGAAAAUUAGGUGUGGAUGAGUGGCUAGUACAUAGACUGUACCAUCGUAAGAUGGUACAGUCUAUGUACAGCAAUGCUAGAAGUUGUGUCAAGAUUAAGAAUUCACUUAGUGAUGAAUUUAGUGUAAAUGUUGGUGUACAUCAGGGUUCUGUACUUAGUCCUUUGUUGGUUGUUCUAGUCUUAGAAGCACUGUCGAUGGAGUUCAGAACAGGUUGUCCAUGGGAGUUAUUGUAUGCAGAUGAUUUGGUUCUCAUAGCAGAGUCGAUGAAAGAAUUAGUUGAAAAGUUUGAGAAGUGGAAGAAAGGACUAGAAGAGAAAGGGCUAAGGGUGAACACAGCAAAGUCUAAAGUCAUGAUUAGUAGCAUUGCAGCCAACUGUGACCUUGUAGUUGGCAAGUGGCCUUGUGGAGUUUGCAGGAAAGGGGUUGGCAGUAACUCAAUUUUUUGUCAGACUUGCAAGCAUUGGGUGCAUAAGAAGUGCAGUAGUAUUGGUGGAAGGUUAAGAGCUGAUAUUCAGUUUGUAUGCAAGCGUUGCAAAGGUGAGAUUAUAAAGAAUGAAGAAUUUCCAGCUUCAAUGAUGAACAACAGUAGCUCGUUAAAGAUAGUUGAGAACUUCUGUUACUUAAGUGAUACAUGUUGGGCAGUGAAGGGGGUGUUGGAAGAAGUGUUACUGGUUCUGCUUGGAAAAAGUUCAGAGAGUUACUUCCUUUGUUGACUAGCAGAGUCUUGCCUGUGUAAGAAGUGUUAUGUUAUACGGUAGUGAGACACGUUUUUUGGCUAAUUUCGAGGGCUGAUAGUAAUAUAAUGGGUACGGAAUGAUUUGUACUUAAAAGCACCAAACGUUGGUGGCAAUUUAUCUGCUUCUUGUUGAAAUUUAGAGAAUAAUGACGUGAUAUUUUUCGGGCAUUUGGUACCACCGUAAAGGGAAACAACAAAUCUUUCCACUACUUUCAGUAUCCCAAGAGAUGGUAAAAGGCAUCAGCAAUGCCCAGCCUUGAAAAUGCAUCCAAUGUGUCAUUGUCAGUUGUUAUGAAAUGGUUCCACCAAGUUGUUUUUGAUUUUCCACAAAACCUUCUGGUUUGGUCGCACCCAGUAAACACGUGAAAUGCCAAAAGUGAUUUACAAUGACUUGGACCAAGAUUUUCAAAACAAGCGUUGACAUCGACAUCUCUAUAUUUAUCCCUUUUCCAGUCCAAAACUUUAGUGCCUAAAUUGGAAAAGGUGUUUUAAUCGCAUCCUUUCUAUAAUUUUUGCUAAUUACUUAACUUUGAAAAACAAGGUUACAAAUACUACAACCUAUAUAAGAACUAAACAUACCUGUGGCAAAUCUUGUGAAUAGUGUAAAAUUAACAGAAAUACAUCAGUAUCUGGUGAGUAGACUACACAAUCUGUGAAGUGAUCAGCUUGAGCAAUGUCAUGAGCUUGAAGUAUAAGUAAAGUAUCAGCUUCUUCGUGGUCAUGGCGCAUUAUAUUAUCUGGGUAUGUAUUGAUAUUACUUUAACUCGUUAAAUCGUAUGUGACCAUGUAUUUCCUAUGUUCUCUCUCUAAGUAAUCAAUAACAUGCCUUGCCAAGUAUAUUGUUAAAUCUUGUUUGGUGUCAAUGUGUGAUAGAAAUUGUUUCAGAUUGAUAUUUGCAAUUGAGGUUACAUAUGUGACUUGAUAUCGAAUCUCAUUGCCUGUUGUUCUUUUAUGCCUCGUCCUUGAUUUUAACGAAUUCUUCACAUAUCGAUCAGAUACUAAGCGAACUUGACGGAAUCCAUGUGAAAUGGGAGUUAUUCGAUCAACAAAUCAGGAGUGUCAUAUUUGAAGUCUGUGUUAUCUAUUGCGAAUGAAUUGAAGUGUUUUCCAAAAUGUUAGGUGGAACAUAAAAACCUCUGUUUGUUUCUAUGUUAUCGGUGACACAGUUUGCAAUAUCUGUUUCAAUUUGUAUCACCUCUUGAUAUGUGAUUGACAGAUUUAAAUUGCUAAACGUGUUGAUUACUUUCUUGCUUCUCGUAUGUUGAUGAAUAUAGAGACCUAAACCUAUUAAAAAUGGUGUUUCUGCAGUGCUACGAAACGAUGCGUUAGCAGAAUUAUAAUCAGUUUGUCUCUUUGUUUUUACAAAAUUGAUGACAAUUUCUCUAACGUUUCUGACAUUUGUAUCAAUGGCCUCUUUUUUCUUUGGGCACAUAUCAACUACAUACUUUGGGCCUACAAUGAUCCACUGUAGAAGUAAUUUAAGACUUUCUGGAAGAUUGAAGCUAUUAAAUUCACCAGUAAAUUUCCAACUCUCUUGUCGUAAGAUAUCUUGACAGCAGCAUCAAACAAUUGAUUAUAGUCAUCAAGUGAAUUUCUGUAACUUUCAAUUGCAUUGUUAUAAGCAACACGUAAACAGAUUAUUUCAGCUUCUCUUUUAGAUUUGGGUCUGGAGAAUACAAUAUUGGUUAAUUUAUCUGCCAAUAAUUGUUUCAGAUGCACUAGAAACUUGUCGCUGUGUCAUAACCCAACAAUUAAGGUGAUAUUGGAUAUCAUUUGCUUAUGUGUCAGCUGCAUUUGAAACAGAGUUGAGCCUUAUAAACAAACUUUGGUGUGGUAGUUGUUGUGCGACAUGUAGCAGUUUAUGCCCAGUUGAAAGGACGACAACCUUAUGGAGUUUACCUCCUUCCUUUUGAUAUAUAACACAACACUACUUGUCAAAUAAAGUAAUUUUGGAGCGUAAAGAUUUCGGUGGAGAUAAUGGUGUAUAAGUUAUACUGUGAUUUGUUUUACACUUUUGUAACAUUCUUGAUGGUAAAAAGCGUUUUUAUCAACUAGUGAUUCAACUGACAAACUUUCCAAGUUGUCAAAGGAAUUAAUAAAUGUUCAAUCUUCAUAAUUGGCUCUUUCAAUAAGGCAUUCAAUUAACUCUUUCAUGCUUUCAAAUUUUGGAAAAGCAGUGAUCUAUAAAAAAUGAGAAUAACAAUUUCCAAAAUAAAGUAGCUUAAAACCGUAAAGCUAAGAAUCAUUGAAAAAUCACAACAUACUUUCUUGCCAUUGUUCUCUUGACAAAUUAUGCACUUUUCUAAGCUGAAAUCAGUCCUUUUUUAUAUGGAAUUUCUUUAUUCAUAUUUUUUAACUUAACUGUGUCUAUUCUAAUAAAAUAAACUUUACUUUCACUAUUCAUAGGAAAUCUAUCACAAAAAACCACAUCAUAGAAAUAUCAUACUGAAAAAAGUUUUAUGCAAUCUUUUAACUUUCACCUGCUACCUUUUACUUCAAAUUACUAAUAUAAUUCGACAAUUUAAACUACUAACAGGUAUAAGAUUACUUGUAUUUAGCAAUAUCUAAUGAAAUAUGGAACAAACACUGUGCAUUAUAAUGUCUUAAAUGAUAUAUAAGAAUUUUCAGGGGGUAACACUAUUACAUUAAUAACUUCAAAACUGCUAUAAAAACAAAUUACUCUUUAUAGAAUGCACUUGUCUCAUACAACUGUACUUUUGUAAACAACUAUCAUUGCAAAACAAAAACAUUUUGCUACCUAAACUUUUUUUUUUAUAGUCACACAAUUUUCGAAUACGUAUUUUGCCCCUGAAAUUUGAAACUUUAAAAUCCCUGUAUCUCUUGAGUGCCUCAUUUUCAAAAUAUAGUUUUUAUAUAUCUUUUGUUCAUUUUUGUAUGUUCUAUCAGCUGGAAAAGAAAAAAAUCCAAAAUUACAACUUUGAUAUUUUACUGACCAGAAGCUGGAUGAUGUCACCAUGGCCACACCCAGAUAUGGAAAAAAAUGACACCUAGUAUUUUUUGUAUUUAAAUCAACCAAAAACCAGAUUCCAGUCAAAAAAUUGCUUCUAACAAGUCCCUGCACACGAAGAACAUAGUAAGCCCCACUAAUAGUCUUUUUGUAACAUUAAAAAAUAAGCAUAACAGAAGAGGGUGUCACGACAAGCAUUGGACAUGUUUUUUUGUAAAAAAAGUAUACAUAUAUAUAAUAAGAAAAAACAGACACGAAAUCUUUUAACAAGAAUGGUUUUUGACCUCAUCAAUAUAUAUAUAUAUAGUAUAUUUUACUAAAAACACAGCAGCAGUAUUGAAGAAAAAACAAAAUGAAAAAGCUAGUCAUUUCUCGCUUUGAUAUAUCCUCAAUACCCUGCUAAUUAACUAGCUACCCUGUUCUAAAUUAAUUUUUCGUAUGUAAAUUAUCUUUUCGAAGUGGGCUGAAAAUCAAGAUUAAAAAAUAUAUAAUAAAUGCAAGGUAAAUAAAGAAAUUAUGCUAUAGCUAUACUUUUAUACAAUUUUGUGCAUGUGCCUAAUCGCAAACCUUGGACGUUUCGUGCGUGUGUGUGAAAACAUACGCGUGCGAUUGCAUGCCUCUCAUAGCAAGGCCUGAAGAAGUGAAAUGAUUUCACAAUUUCACGUAUUGUGUGUUAAAAAUAUAAAAACUAAUGAGCUCUACUGAAGUUAGAAAAUCCGACUUUCAACUUUUUUACCGUAAAAUGUAGCAAUUCUUCAUCUUUCCCCUUGGCAACUACCUAACUCACAACUCCUUGACUCCUAUUCUCAUUUAAAUUUGUUACUGUUAAAGGGGUAUAUUAAUUGUCAAAUGCUUAGUUAUAUACAGUGUCAAGAUCUGUUUGCAAACAAGCAAGAUAUGUGGAGUUACUAAGGUGGUGUUUACAUGAAGCCCGAAGUGAAUUUCACUCCACAGUGAAAAACGUUAGUGUUAACAUAACAUUUCACUUCGGGUUAGAUAUUCACUUCGGGGGUGGUCCAUGUUAAAGGGGCGUUUUUUGCUAAAAGGAUUUGUUGACAUGAAAUUGCACAUGCUCAAUGUUUAUUUGAACAUGCAGAUUGAUUGCUUUUCACUUGUCUGUUUACACAAUGAAUUACUGAGCAAAGUAUAAAAAUCAGGCCAAAGUGAAACUCACUUCGCCUUGUUCAUGUAAACAGUACCAGUGUUUUCAUAGUGCAUAGAAGUAUUGAAUUUUGACUUUGGGCAAAGUGAAAUCUUCAUGUAAAUGCCGCCUAGCUGAUUUUAUUUCUAUGGAGAUGUGGGUGUCAUUAGCAAAACUAUGCAAUGUCUCAAAAAUGAUGUCAAAGUCUGUCUUCUAUUUAGUAUUAGAAAUAUCAGAGGGCCAAGGAAGCUUUUCUUGAGAACUGCUGUCAUAUACAGUAAGCAGUGAGGGAUAACCACAACUUAGCCUAUGAAAUUUUAAAUAAGUACAAUAAUCUAUUUUUAGGCAUUUUAUCUCUUCUAAUUGAACUCAGCUUCAAGAUUGUAAUUCCCAAGCAAAUAUAUAAGUAGGUCGUGGUAAGAAAAGUUGACAGGUUUGUAAUAUUUUAGAAAAUAUGAGCACUUUUUUCAGUUUUGAUGAUAGUAAAACAUAUAUAUAAUUUAAGAAAAGGUAAUUUGAUUGUAAUUCUAAUAGCUUAAUUUAAAAAUUAACGUGUAAAACUGUAUAUUGGUAGUACAACAACAAAUUUAAGAUAUAGGUUUAUGAACUAUAAAAGCCAAUUUAGAAAUUUCUUAACCCUAUUUGGUACGGACGGAUUCCACUCACCCCCCCCCCCCUGCCGGUUUUCUUAUAUUCAAUCUUUUUUGCUAUGUUGGAUAGUUUGAUACUUACUGAGUUUUAAUAUUUAUCUAUUAGGCACCUGCGCACCAAUUUUUCAGGUCCCAUCUCUCAGAAACUUAGAUGUUGGCUAUUACUCGGAAAUAUAUAAUAACUUGUCAGGAUCUUAGAACUUGGUACUUAUACAACACAACUUAAUUUUAUCAAGGUGAAUCAUUCUGUAAAUUUUAAACACAUGAUUAAUCUGAUUUCCUGUUUUUUUUUAAUAUUUUGAACAAAUUUCAAGCUUCCGAAGACGUCACAGAAAAAUUGCAGACAUAAGUUAAAAUUUAUUGCCCCCAUUUUGUUUAUCAUGACGUACUAUAAAAU